CUAGCUGCAUAAUGUUAGCUAAGAGUUGCUCUGUUGAUAGCAUUAUCUGCUGUCUGAUUGUAGCUAACUGGUUGUCAAAGAUGUUUUUCUUCAACCAAUUUCAUUUAAGUUAAAAACAAAUAAUUAAUUAACAUACUUCAUGUCUAAGUAAUGUUAGCAAGGAAUUGCCUAAAUGCUAGCAUUGGCAGGAAUAGCUUGUGGCUCAUCAAAUUAUUCAACAAUGCUGCUUUAAUAUGUAAUAUACGUAGCUGGUACCUCUCUGGAUUAAACAUAUUGUGUUUCAGUUUUUUGUUUAGCCCCAAGUAAUGAAGUUAAAAUGAAUAUCAGGUACCCCUCAAUUAUGUGAAGCCUUUUGCACUUACUGCCCUGAGGAAAAUAGUUUCCAUGAACAAGGUGGGUGUCAUUUCUUUCCUCUGGUUACCAAUUUAUCAGCCUGUCUGUGCCAAUGGAGAAAGAUCUUAAUGUCAAAUAAGCUGCACUGACACUACGAGCUUUCACAGGUGACGACAAGGCUCAAAGCUUCAUCAGGAGAAUUCAAAAUGGCAUUUGCAACACUUCCCCCGACAGAUUGGAACACCACCCUCUUUGACUGUUGUGAUGACAUGAGUACAUGCUGCUAUGGUUUCUGGUGCUGCCCUUGCCUUGCCUGCACAGUUUCAGGGAAAUUUGGAGACAACCGCUGUCUGCCGCUGUGUGACAUAUUCAGUCCUGCUAUAACAGCAGCCUGUGGGUUACCUCUGUGUGUGCCUCCUGCUGCCCUGUCUGUGAGGGUUGGCAUUCGACACAGAUAUGGAAUCAAGGGCUCGCUCUGUAGGGACAUCGCCACAUCCUGUUUCUGUGAGUGGUGCUCCUGGUGUCAGAUGAAUCGUGAGCUGAAAUACCGAAAGAAGAACCCCACUGUCAUCGUCAAUGUGCAGCCUCCUCCAAUGAUGAUGGCUCCUGGAAACGCUCCUCCUUCUGGAUUUAUGGGCCAGCCUGGAAUCAUCAUGAACUCAUACUGAUCUUUGUGGAUUGUGAUUGGUCUGUUCUGCCAUGUGAAGGAAAUUUGAUGUGUAAUGUGAAUUGAAUUAUGUAGGUGUAGAUGUUUUACCUCAGAGCAUGCUGGGUAAAUUUCGGCACAAUAUAGUAUGAUAAGUUUUUAUUUUUAACAAUCACUCAGUAAAAUUGAACUAAUGUAUAUGUAU